AUGCCUCGUGAUUUACAGAACCAUCUUCUAUUUGAAGUUGCUACCGAGGUGGCCAACAAGGUCGGUGGUAUUUACUCUGUGUUGAAGUCUAAGGCACCAGUGACAGUGGCACAAUACCAGGAUAACUAUACCUUGAUUGGUCCAUUGAACAAAGGAACUUAUCAAGGUGAAGUCGAGGAGCUGGAUUGGGAAGACCCUUCUAUCUUCUCAGAGGAGCUUCAACCUGUGCAACAGGCCCUGAAGUACAUGAGAGAAAAAGGCGUGUACUUUGUCUACGCCCGUUGGUUGAUUGAAGGUGCCCCCAGAGUCAUCCUUUUCGAUUUGGACUCCGUGCGUUACAAGCUGAACGAAUGGAAGGCCGACCUGUGGUCCCUAGUUGGAAUUCCAUCCCCAGAAAAUGAUUGGGAAACCAAUGAUGCAAUCUUACUAGGUUACACAGUCGUGUGGUUCUUGGGUGAAUUGACUCAAUUGGAUCACAAACAUGCCAUUAUCGGUCAUUUCCACGAGUGGUUGGCUGGUGUCGCAUUGCCAUUGUGUAGAAAGAAGAGAAUUGAUGUGGUGACCAUUUUCACCACACACGCUACUUUAUUGGGUAGAUAUCUGUGUGCUGCAGGUGAUGUAGAUUUCUACAACCAUUUGCAAUACUUUGAUGUGGACCAAGAGGCAGGCAAGAGAGGUAUCUACCACAGAUACUGUAUCGAAAGAGCUGCUGCUCAUACAGCCGAUGUGUUUACCACUGUGUCACAGAUUACUGCACUUGAAGCAGAGCAUUUGUUGAAGAGAAAGCCUGAUGGUAUUCUUCCAAAUGGUUUGAACGUGGUUAAAUUUCAAGCUGUUCAUGAAUUCCAAAACUUGCAUGCAUUAAAGAAGGAAAAGAUCAACGACUUUGUUAGAGCACACUUCCACGGUAACUUUGACUUUGACUUGGACAAUACUUUGUACUUUUUUAUUGCUGGUAGAUAUGAGUACAAGAAUAAGGGUGCUGAUAUGUUUGUUGAAGCUCUGGCUCGUUUGAACUAUAGGUUGAAAAUGGCUGGCUCCAAGAAGACCGUUGUAGCUUUCAUAAUUAUGCCAGCUCAAAACAAUUCUUUCACUGUUGAAGCUCUAAGAAGUCAAGCUGUUGUUAAGUCCUUGGAAAACACAGUUAACGAAGUGACUUCCUUGAUUGGUAAGAGAAUCUUCGAGCAUGCUAUGAAAUUCCCACAUAAUGGUAUCACCAAUGAAAUUCCAAACAACCUGGAAGAACUUUUGAAGCCUUCUGAUAAAGUUCUGUUGAAGAAGCGUGUUUUGGCUUUGAGAAGGCCAUAUGGUGAAUUGCCACCAAUUGUGACUCACAAUAUGGCUGAUGAUGCCAAUGAUCCAAUUCUGAACCAAAUAAGACAUGUCCAAUUGUUCAACAACCACAGCGAUCGUGUUAAGGUGAUCUUCCAUCCAGAGUUUUUGAACGCCAACAACCCAAUCUUGGGUCUAGAUUACGAUGAAUUUGUCCGUGGUUGUCACUUGGGUGUCUUCCCAUCAUACUAUGAGCCUUGGGGUUACACGCCAGCUGAAUGUACCGUAAUGGGUGUCCCAUCCAUCACUACUAACUUAUCAGGUUUCGGUGCCUAUAUGGAAGACUUGAUCGAAACCAACCAAGCCAAGGACUAUGGUAUCUACAUCGUUGACCGUCGUUACAAGGCACCAGAUGAGUCAGUGGAGCAGCUAGUUGACUACAUGGAAGAGUUUGUAAACAAGACCAGAAGACAAAGAAUCAAUCAAAGAAACAGAACCGAGAGAUUAUCCGAUCUACUGGAUUGGAAGCGUAUGGGUUUGGAGUACGUAAAGGCCAGACAAUUAGGUCUUCGUAGGGCUUACCCAGACCAGUUCAAGGAGAUUGUUGGAGAAGAUGUGAAUGAUUCCAGCAUGGAGGCACUGGCUGGCGGCAAGAAGCUAAAGAUUGCCAGACCACUAAGUGUCCCAGGCUCCCCAAGAGACGCCGCCAAGUCUCCAAGCACAGUGUUCAUGACCCCCGGUGAUCUUGGUACAAUCCAGGACGCCAACAACGUUGACGAUUACUUCCAUUUAAGUGUUAAUGACAAUGAGGAGGAAUGA